GGCGGUGUGUGUCUGCGCCUGCGCGGCGGGAAUCCUCCCGAGAAGUGCUCACCACAGGAGUUGCUAUCGGUGUUUGGGUAGAGACCGUGGUUGCGCUGUGGCUCUCUACUAGAGCGCGCGCUCUGGGUUGCCUCGCCCCGCCGGAGGAGUGUCAGUAGGCUGCGUCUCCCUCCUUCGCCUCGUGAGUCUCAGAGCACUCCUUUUUUCCAGAGUCCUAGCGCAGCCGCAGCCCCCAGUCCACCCAGGAUAAUGGCGACAGCACAGGUACUGAACAUUGGCAAAAAACUCUAUGAGGGUAAAACAAAAGAAGUCUAUGAAUUGUUAGAUAGUCCUGGAAAAGUCCUACUGCAGUCCAAGGACCAGAUUACAGCAGGAAAUGCAGCCAGAAAGAAUCACCUGGAAGGAAAAGCUGCAAUCUCAAAUAAAAUUACUAGUUGUAUUUUUCAGUUGUUACAGGAAGCAGGUAUCAAAACUGCUUUUACCAGAAAAUGUGGAGAGACAGCUUUCAUUGCACCUAAGUGUGAAAUGAUUCCAAUUGAAUGGGUUUGUAGAAGAAUAGCAACGGGUUCUUUUCUCAAAAGAAAUCCUGGUGUCAAGGAAGGGUACAGGUUUAACCCUCCUAAAGUGGAGAUGUUUUUUAAGGAUGAUGCCAAUAAUGAUCCGCAGUGGUCUGAGGAACAGCUUAUUGCUGCAAAAUUUUGCUUUGCUGGACUUGUUAUAGGCCAGACUGAGGUGGAUAUCAUGAGUCAUGCGACACAGGCUAUUUUUGAAAUACUAGAGAAAGCCUGGUUGCCCCAGGACUGUACACUGGUUGAUAUGAAGAUUGAAUUUGGUGUUGAUGUAACCACCAAAGAAAUUAUUCUUGCUGAUGUUAUUGAUAAUGAUUCUUGGAGACUCUGGCCAUCAGGAGAUCGAAGCCAACAGAAAGACAAACAGUCAUAUCGUGACCUCAAGGAAGUAACUCCUGAAGGGCUCCAGAUGGUAAAGAAAAAUUUUGAGUGGGUUGCUGAAAGAGUAGAGUUGCUUCUGAAACCACAAAGUCAGUGCAGAGUUGUAGUGUUGAUGGGCUCAACUUCUGAUCUCAUUCACUGUGAAAAAAUCCAGAAGGCUUGUGGAAAUUUUGGCAUUCCAUGUGAACUUCGGGUGACCUCUGCCCAUAAAGGACCAGAUGAAACUCUGAGGAUUAAAGCAGAGUAUGAAGGAGAUGGCAUUCCUACAGUAUUUGUGGCAGUGGCAGGCAGAAGCAAUGGUUUGGGGCCGGUGAUGUCUGGUAACACUGCAUAUCCAGUUGUCAGCUGUCCUCCCCUCACUCCAGACUGGGGAGCUCAGGAUGUGUGGUCUUCUCUUCGACUACCCAGUGGUCUUGGCUGUUCAACCAUACUUUCUCCAGAAGGAUCAGCUCAGUUUGCAGCUCAGAUAUUUGGAUUAAACAACCAUUUGGUAUGGGCCAAACUGCGAGCAAGUAUAUUGAACACAUGGAUUUCCCUGAAGCAGGCUGACAAGAAAAUCCGAGAGCGCAAUUUGUAGGGAAGAAUGUCAUUGCAUUUUUUUAGAAGAUGAUCUAUAACUUUUUAUUUUAGCUGCAGAAAAAAAAAUUAAGAUGAAGAGAUUUUAAAUCAAUCUGACAAAAUUCAUUAGUGAAUAAAUGCUUCUCUAGAUUCAUGGAUUAGUACAAUAUAUGUACAUACUUAAGGGUAUUUUAAAAUUAAGUUCUUACCUACUAUAUGGCCAUUGUUAGGUAGGUAACAUAAAUAUAUUUCUUAAAUGCUAAUUAUGUCCUACUGUAGAGCUCUGAAGUUACUACUUGACCUAGAUCUCAACCUAUAAGUUCUAGGAAGUUAAAAGUGUUUUAUCUUAGGGUGAUUCUAGCAAUAUAAUUCUUUUUCAGUUUGAUCUUUACAAAAUUCUAAGGACAUGGUUUUUUAUUUGCAGUCAGUGUCUCAGAAGACGGUGUGUAUCUCCAGCUAUUGAUGGAGAUGUUUUAAUUUUUUUUUUUUUUCAAGUUGAGAUUGGUGGUAAGGGUAGGGAAAAGACAAAUAAGAUGAAGGGCGUUAUAGAAGCCUUGGAGAGCUGACUUUUCAAGAACUUCUGAUGGCUGUGAGGGCACUUUGCAGUGGGGAAAAGAAGAGUCAUCUCUGCCUCUCGAAUAAAAGAU